GUCGUCGUCGUCGUCGUCGUCGCCGAGAGAGACGUCGGCCCGUCUCGCGCCUCCUCUCGCGUUCUCAGUUCUCCGACCGAACACGACGGCGAAACUCGCGAAAGUCGCGAGACACGGACAAGUCUUUUGAGCGAGAGAAGGAUCCGCGACGCGUCCUCGAGGCCGCGACGUUGUCAUCGGCCGUGCGAAUUAAAGCUCGAGACACUCGAGACGCCCCUCGUGCUCCCGCGACGGCGGCACGGGGUAGAGGGAGGUUACGAGCACGCGGCGGAGCAACAGUGUUCGGCGACCUUCCUCUGGAGUGCGCCGGCCGGAGACGGCACAGGGGGCAAACCAGGUGUCUCCACCGACGACGACAACUACCCCGAAAGGGUCGAGGAGUUGGCGGGGUCAGCGAGAGGGCAUCGGAUCUCUGCCGAUUCGCUCUGGGAAGGCGUGGUGGGUCGUCGUGUGGAUACGAUAGCGCCGAGAUAAGCGAAACCACGUGAAGCAUGUGACUGAUAGUGAGAUCAAUCGCGAGACGUGCUGGUGAAUUGGAGUAUCGGUAGAGUAGUGAAAGAAGAGUAGAGUUUAGUGAAAGAAAGUACAAGUGCUGGAGAGUACAGAAAAAGAGUACAGGAGACGCGUGCUUUAUCAAGCUCGGUUUUAUCAAGCCACAAACAGAGCGUCCCGGCAUCAAGUACAUGAAAAUGUUACGUGUCAGCCGGAGAUCUUAGCCGAUUUCCCGGUAACGUUCUUCAUCACGGUUUCAUCGAUAAGCGUGCACUCGUACGUCGGCGAUUUGUGAGAAGUGUCGCAUGCGGCGAGUCUUACGGGGUUUGGCGUGGCCGUAUGAGCCGAGAGGGGUCCUGGGAAAAUCCGCGACAACGGUGGUCGGGCAUGGUCGCGGAGGAUGAGGAAGAAGUACAAAAAUAGCUGUUCCCGUGCUUGAGCGGAGAUGCACAGCUGACCGUCAGACAGAGUGCGCGAGAGAAAAAAAGAGAGAACGCGAAGGGGAGGUGAGAAAGAGGGACGGGAGGAGUGACAGGGAGGGUGAGAGGGAGAGGUGCAGGUAGCCGGACAUUCGAUUAGCGUCGACGAGUGUCGCGACUAGCGUCGGGUCGACCGGCCGGAAUCGAUCCGAUCGCGGCAUUCCGCGUAAACUCAACUGCAAAUACACCACGUGCCUUUUCCGUCGUAACCAUAAGCGUGUGAACAUCGCUACGCCCUCGACUCGGCUCGCCGCGGGACGUCGGCCAGCGUGCGAACGAUUGAACAAUCCCCGAGGAAGUUUCGUCCGACGACGUCGUGGAAAUGUCCGAGCCAUGCGCUUCCCCGAGGCGUCCACAGUCCGCGAUCUCGGUCGUCGUCAAAUUUGACUCGGAUCCCACGAGGUCGAGCUACGUCAGCGGAGUAGUAGUACGCGAAGGUGCGGCCAGGAACGUCAGCUCCUCGAGGAUCGAAAUCUCGAGGCCGGUGACCCGCAUCGUCGACCACCGCGGAACGUCGCGACGCUGUCGCGCUGCUGUCUCUCGCCUGCACUAGGUCAUCCGGUAGCGCCGUACUGCAUCGUGACAUUUGACACACUGUGUCUGGCGCGUGCCGACGCGCUCCAGCUUCACGACUGGACGGAAGUCCUCGACGAUGAUGAAACGCUGUCGUCGAGAUAUGAUAUAUCGCGGCGUGGACGGCCACCGGAGAGCGACGGGGUCGACGUUAUUGUAGCCCUCUGCACCGCCGUCGACGACAGCGCGCGCGGAAUUCCAUCGCCGUCGCCACGUCCGGGGAAUCGCCAAGUCCUGGAAGUCACGAGAACACCGGCCAAACGGCGCGGUAUCCUCCGCUAUAAAUAGAUGUUUUCUCGCGUGGAUCCCGUCUCUUGAGACGCGCCUGCCUGCCUGCCUAAGAGAGACGCACAUUGGAAGUGGCAAACGCGUGCACGUGCAGCACCGCGACACGUAUGUCGGCCGUUCGACGUUGGCUCGACCUUCCCCGCGUCCUUGGAUCGACGGAAGGUGGAAUCGUGACGGCUCGCGCCGACCUUAGAUGUAUACCUAGAUAGGCGAGAACUCGGGUCCAAAAGUCGGCGUAUAGGAGACACAUCGAGCCUUCCCUCCUCCUCGACGUGACGGAGCGCGAACAGUUGGUCACACACGAACAGUCUGUUCGGAGCCACGAGCGACGCUCGCAACAACAACAACACAACGAUCGCGUUCUCUCCCUCGGCGCGCGCGAAUCGAACCACCUGGACGUGGAGCCUCUUCGCUUAACAAGGCCUCGCGUUGUCUUUUCUUACUCGAACCCCAAACAAGUCCGAAAGAAGCGGAACACCGGAUCGUCCGACCGCAGCAAGCAACGAAUCUCUCCCCUUCUCCGCGAGGUCAAGCCGUUACGUUACUCUGUCUUAUAUACGGCUCAAUCACUAUGCUCAACUCGUGCUGUGCUUUUUUCUACCGUGCUCGUGCGUACGCCGCGAGUGUUUUCCUAGUGCUUUAGUGUUUACGCGCGAUACGUAUACAUAAGUCAUUGAUAGAGGGGCCCGGUGUGUCCACGGUCGAACGCGGAAGUCUCGGCUACCCAGGUACCUGGGAAUUCUCCUGAGAUGCCUGUUAGACGAGGUCACGUGGCGCCCAGAACUACGAUCAUCGAGACCAUCAUCAAGAAGUUCGAUACGCACGGUCGAAGCUUUUUAGUGGCGAACUCGCAGCAGGGACUAUGCCACAUUAUUUACUGCUCGGACGGUUUCUGCCGGCUGACGGGCUUCUCAAGGGCGGAAGUGAUGCAGAGGCCGGCGGUCUGCGACUUCCUCCAUGGACCAAUGACGUCGCCGCACGCGGUCGCGGCCCUUCGAGACGCCCUCGCCGCCGGCGCCGAAAAGCAUUUCGAGAUCCUAUACUACAGGAAAGAUGGAACCAAGUUCCUCUGCAGCGAGGUGAUAGCGCUAAUAAGGAGCGAGGUGGACGACAUUUGCCUGCAAAUCAUAAACUUCGAGGACCUCAGCUCGCAACCGCCCCCGCAGCCCGCGAUACCGCCGCCGAGUCAGGCCAACAACAGGCUCGCGACACGCUUCGACAGGGCAAGGGCGUCCUUCCGGGCUGGCCUGUCGAGAACCGGUGUCGUUGGUCCACCGAGGGUCAGGAACCGACCGCGCACGGCGGCUAAUUUACCUCAUCGACUUGCUGACGGGACCAUCCUCGACGAGGACGCCUCUGAGAACUGCCCGUUAACAUGUGGCUCGCCCACAAUGAUGGAAUCUUGGGGUCCUGGGAGGACGGGCACACCCCCGCCGGGCUUACCGCCGCCGCCGUCGGUCGGGAACAGCAACAACGCUGCUGCAGCGACGUCGGCGACCACCACGAGCGUCGCACAGCCCGGCACCACCGCUCCCAUCGCCAGUCCCGAGGGAGUGAGCGACGUCUCGCAAAAGUCGGGGAUCUGGGAUGGCCCGAACUCCUCGUCGGGCGGCGUCGCGGAAGGUCCCUCGCGGAGCGUGUCUCACGCGGCGAGCCUGGACGCAAUCUCGAGAAGAACCGUGAAGCCGGAAACAACGAGGGCGCCGUGCCGCAGCCUCACCUGCAGCGUCUCAGCGAAACAUUCGAAAAUCUUUCCUGGCGUCGCUUCUGAAAGCGACUUGCAGAAAUGGCGAGCGUCCAAGGACCGCAAGUCGCCAUCUCUGAGUCAAAUGGGACCGGACUCCAUCAAACACAAAUUUUCCUUACAAGACAAUGGAUCCGCGAAGUAUUUUCAAGGAGCGAUGCACACACCGAACAUGGGAGAGAAAGUCGCUCAGGUACUGUCCCUCGGAGCAGACGUCCUCCCAGAGUACAAAUUACAAUCUCCCAGAAUCCACAAGUGGACCAUAUUACACUACUCGCCGUUCAAGGCAGUCUGGGACUGGAUUAUAUUGCUGCUUGUGAUGUACACCGCCAUAUUCACACCGUAUGUCGCCGCCUUCGUUCUGUCGGACCCGGAUUACAAUAGCAGGAAGAACAAGAAGUAUAGUGACGACCCCAUCGUCAUCAUAGACUUCAUAGUCGACGUCACCUUCAUAAUCGACAUCAUCAUCAAUUUUCGCACGACCUUCGUCAACAGCAACGAUGAGGUAGUGUCCCAUCCUGGAAAGAUAGCCGUCCAUUACCUGAAGGGUUGGUUCAUAAUCGACCUGGUGGCCGCCAUACCCUUCGACCUUCUACUCGUCGGUUCGGACACUGACGAGCUCGGCUUGGACAAGGACGAGACGACAACUCUGAUCGGACUUUUGAAGACGGCCCGUCUGCUACGCCUCGUCAGGGUGGCCAGGAAGAUAGACAGAUACAGCGAGUAUGGCGCCGCGGUUUUGUUACUGUUAAUGGCCACCUUCGCCCUUAUUGCUCAUUGGAUGGCUUGUAUAUGGUACGCCAUAGGAAACGCUGAGAGACCGACCCUAAAGAGCAAGGUUGGUUGGCUGGACAUUCUGGCCAACGACACGCAUCAGUUUUACUUUCACAAUAACACCGGUGGGCCGAGCAUAAAAAGCCGCUACAUCACAGCUCUUUAUUUCACCUUCAGCAGUCUGACGUCCGUGGGCUUCGGGAACGUGGCGCCCAAUACCGACGCCGAGAAGAUUUUCACAAUAAUCGUCAUGUUGAUCGGAUCUCUAAUGUAUGCCAGCAUCUUCGGUAACGUCUCGGCGAUCAUCCAGAGACUGUACAGCGGCACAGCCCGGUAUCACACGCAGAUGCUCAGGGUUAGGGAGUUCAUAAGGUUCCAUCAGAUACCGAACCCGCUCCGCCAGCGACUGGAGGAGUAUUUUCAACACGCGUGGACGUAUACGAACGGAAUCGACAUGAAUAGUGUUCUCAAAGGGUUCCCUGAGUGCCUUCAGGCCGACAUCUGUCUUCAUCUCAAUAGGAAUCUUUUAAGCAAUUGCAGAGCCUUUGAGGGGGCUAGUCCAGGCUGUUUAAGGGCAUUAUCCUUAAAGUUUAAGACGACGCACGCGCCACCGGGUGAUACUUUAGUCCAUCGCGGGGACGUGCUGACCUGCCUGUAUUUUAUAUCCCGCGGGAGCAUCGAGAUCCUGAAGGACGACAUUGUGAUGGCCAUUCUGGGCAAAGACGACAUAUUCGGCGAGAAUCCGUGCAUUCAUUCGACAGUCGGAAAAUCGUCCUGUAACGUGCGCGCGCUGACUUACUGCGAUCUCCACAAAAUCCACAGAGACGACCUGCUCGACGUUUUGGCACUUUAUCCUGAAUUCUACAGCCACUUCAGCCAGAAUCUCGAGAUCACCUUCAACAUGCGAGACGAGGAGCAGGCUGGUGUCGAUCCAACGUCAGCAAGGUUUCCUGUCAGCACUCCGACGGACGUCGAAAUCGAGGCGAGGAGGUACGCUUUCCGUCCACCAAGAUACCGUCGAGGACUCAGUGGUCCUGGCACAAGUCUUAUUCCCACAGGUCAAGAUUCCUUACAAGAUGACCAAGACGAUUAUAAUAAAGGCAGCGGCCAUGGCAUCUUAGAGUUCAGUACAGACAAAGCCGGCCAGGAUGUGACGCCAUUGAAUUUGGAUUUCGACGAACCUAAGCAGCGAAGCUCGACCUUGAACUCGAUAACCGGCAUGCUAACCCAUCUCAAGCGCAGUAUACCGGAUCUACGUCAGCACAAGAUUCACCUGCAGCCGCUCACCAGCCACGAUUAUCUCGCCAAACAAAUGACCACGCCGCUGACGAAACCGGCGCGCCGGAGUUCCGCCGCUGGUGAGAGUUGCCUCAGUCAAAACGUGGUCCAACCCACUUCAACAACGUCAAGCCACUACACUACACCAUCGCCCCCGCAGCAUCCUCAUUCCCAUGGCGACUUUCAGAGCGGCCCGGGCCGGCCGGUGGAGGAGAUCAACGCCAGGAUCGAUCAAUUGUCGCGACAGGUGUCCUCGUUGGAACACUCGAUGACCGGUGAGAUCAGGUUGAUCUUGAGUUUGCUUCAGCAGACGCUCAACUCGUCGAGGGAGAGCUCCAGCAUCGAGAUGAUGCCCGGCACAGUGGCGGCCGGCACGAGACAGGCUAACGGUAGCAGGGCGCCGGCGUUGGUGCAGAGAUCGGCGAGUGAGCCGCAACCUCCGACCGUGCCGGUGAGCAAUGGAAACGGGAAGAUCCAACCUAGCACGUCGCACGGCUUGUUCAGUAGACCCCCCACGCGGGAACCGACCUCCACGACGUCAGGAACGUCCCGGUUGACCGUGACAUCGGACACGUCCGCGUUAGCGACGGCGUUGCAGACGGCGUUGAACGGCAGAACCGGACCCACGAGGUCGCAGAGCCAGCCCGUCGAUCUGGCGGUACCGACCAGCACGCAGCCUCACCAAGCUCACGCUUGGCACAGCCAGCCCGCCGCCUUCAGGAGGGGUGAAUACAGGAGUGGCGUCCCUUGCGACAGAUACAGCUCGUUCAACAAGCGAUCGGAGCCGGAGGGCGAGGAUCCUUGGAGCUGCGUAGUUUCGGUCUCAACGGACCGUGCCGCUUCCCAACGUCCGCGCAGCGGUGACUCGCGUAAGGACUCCACGAACCAUCGCGGCGGCAACGCCGAGUCCACGUCAGGCCAACAGGCCAGGACAGCAGAGGGUGGCAGGCAAGAAAGUGGCGGCGGGGGGCAACAGGCGAGCGGAGCUCGGCAGGAGUCUUCGAGACAAACCAGCGAGGACAUGUCGUGGGAGUUCACGAUAAACGAGGCACCGAUUGCCAGGCUCGAGUCACUGGACGAGCUGGAUCAAGAUCACGGCAGUUAAGGGGAGGCGCGCGCGUCCUGUUUGUCAGUUAGGGGCUCGCAAGGCGCCACGGCGCCCGACAUCGCCGUGAGAAGGGAUGAUCGGCUCGUCCCGACGAGGAUGGUCGCUGAACGAAAGCGAUCGAUGCCUUUCGAUCCCUUCGAUCUUUAGGGGAGUCUCGUGACCGCGCUUUUUACGAUCGAAUCGUCGCGACGCUUGUCUCGAGGUCGAAUCUCGGUCGUGCUGCGAGCGACGUGAGCGACGAUGCGCCUGCAGGUCGACGCGCAUCGUAGGGUGUACGUUGAAGGCAGCAUGGAAGUCUGAGGGUAGGAAUCCUCUCGCCAAGUAGCUCCCGCGACAAUCUCUGUAGGAGAGAGCAACUUAUUUACAUAAGGAGAAAAGUGACGCGGUGAACUGAGGGAGUGUAAAAGUUCUCUGCACAUCGAAGUAAUUUUUUAAAUUUUUUAUUGGAAUUAUAUAACAUUUAAAGAGAGUGUAAAGAAAUACUUUUAGAGUAUAUCGUCAUUCCGGGAGUUGUAAGGGCUUUUCGCGCACUAGAGAAGUUUUGAAAAAUUAUAUUAUAAUAAGAUGUUAAUAUUAAGCGUUGCAAAAGAUCUCGUGAUAAAUUAGCAGAAUUUGAAGAAAUUCGGCAGUUCUUGAGACACACGUGGAGUCAGGUACGACUUAUAUGCUUCCUUCAACCGUAUACGCUCACGGGAGGUCGACGAGGCAAUAAACACGUGGAUCUCAUUUUGUAUUCGAGACAGAGACGGUCGUAUGCUCGCCGCGUGUUCAACGCCAAUAACAACGCCAGAUAGCGGCGAGGGUACUGGCCAAAGUAAGCGUCAUCUACGUAAUGUAAGUGUACUUUUUUAUUUGCAAAGUACGGCCGCCGUGUCUUGUUUUAACUCUGCUAAAAUACGAAUUAAGGCGAUUCGUCGCGUUAAAGCUAAAGAGGACAUCGCGCGAAUCAGGCUCUUCGGACGUUCGGCCUCAAAGUUGACGGACGCAACGGUCGCGAAGAGCGCGGUUGCGCUCGUCCUCUCUUCGGGGUUCUCCCGACGAUCGUCCGGACAAUUCGACAUUCGUUCCUUCAGGUCGAUUUUUUACGCGUCGAAGAAAGGCAAACGAAAGAAGUAUACAGUAUCGCCAAUUAGACGCCAAUUAUUUCACUCACAGGAUCGCAUGUAAUUAUUUAUGUAUAUUUACACGUUGACACGUAUGCGCUAUCGUAAGAAACGUUUUAACUAAGUCGGGAAGAGGCGCAUGAAAGUAAAACUGACACACGUCGCGCGAUGGAUUCGCGGGGAUCAUUUUGGCGGGAAGGAGAUCGCGGAGAAUCGAGGACAAAAUCGCGAAUAAAGAUGACUUGCGCCUGACGCGCGAGAUCGGAUAGCUGCGAGAACAAAUAAAUGUUUAACCCGUUAGAUUUUACAUUACAAGUGUUCGUAUGGCAAGUACGACAAACACGAAGAGUUCGCGACGUUCGAGGAGCACGUUGGAGGUGGAGUUCUCUGAUUUAUGGUACGUGUGUCUAGACAACAACAAUCUUUGACUCGCAUUACCGCCGCAUUUUAGUGUGAGACAUAACGAAAACGCGAAGCUUUAGGCUCGGCUCGUUCGCCACGGAGGGGUCUUUACCGGUCGGGAGUCGGUACUUCGCGAACGGCUUUCGUUUUCUAACGGGUUAACGAGACGGCUGAAAGCAUUUUCUCCUUUUCAUUCUUGCUUGUAGGCGACGUUAAAAUGACGGUAUUAUGGUAAAAAACGGUGCUUGAAGACGAGUUUUCGCGCUGCCGGGACGGUAUUAACACAGUAGAAUUUAAGCUGGGACAUCGGAAAUGCACGAACAAACGAUACUUUCCCAGUUCAGCCGCCGUACAAAGUAGUGAUGUCCUUUAUACAGACAAAACGCGACAGCGAGCGAGUACGUCGCGCGCAAGCGAUAUAUAUUAGAUAAUUAUCGAGAUUCUUAUUAUGAUUGUUAUUAUGAUUGUACAAUUAUUAUUACUAUUAUUAUAUUAUUAUUAUUAUUUCGAUCAUCUCAUUAUCGCUACGAUUGUUGUAUAGCAACGGCAGGAGCGCAAGCGCGACGGGGAGAAGACGAACAAAAUAACACCGACGCGUUAUGAUGCCUACACGAUAAUACAUACUUCUACAUAUAUAUACAUAAACAAAAAAGAAGAAAAAGCAACAUUUGAAUGUACGUGUAUGUAUAUGUAUAUAUAUAUAUAUAUAUAUAUAUAUAU